CCUAAGAGGUAGUGGGCCCACAUGCGUAUGGCAUCUUAUCACUGUGCUGUAUCCCAAUGCUUUAUGUCUCUCUGAAAGUAAUAAAGGAUUGACUCUAUAAUUACUUAUAAUGAUUAAACAACCUCCUUAUUGCCACAUCUUACCAGUAAGGGAAACGCCUCCAUAAGGUAGGACACGCCUGAAAGUUAAGCAAAUAGGGUUUCGGUUUCUAAUUUACAGCACAAGCUGGCAGACAGUAUCACAGCCUACACAGACAGAGCGGACGCGUGUCAUAAUUUGGAUCACUUUAGAAAACAUGUUUGUGGAGGAGGAUAAUAGGAGAGCCUGAACUAAAGCGGACAGAACCUUUCGCUGUCAAACACAAUCUCAACAGAGAUGGAGUUCCGGGAGAAGCUACUAAAGGUGGACCAGGUCCUGAACAGCGAUGACACAAAAGCUUUGGCCUUUCUCUGCAAAGAUAUCCUGAAAUGUGAUAUAAGCUCGGUGGAGUCCCCCAUUGACCUCUUCCAACGUCUGGAGGAAAAAGACGUCCUCUCUGAGGAUCAGCCAUACCUACUCGCCGAUCUACUACGUGUCAUCGAACACUUUCAGUUACUGCGUGAGCUUGAUCUCAACAGUACGAUGUCUAUUACAGUAAACCCUAUCACCCCUUACAGGAAGCUGCUUUAUACAUUUUCGAAAGACAUCGGCCAAAAAGAAUUGAAGAAAAUCAAAUAUCUUUUGUACAAUGACCUCCAACGUUCAGCACAGGAGCUGAAUGUUUCUACACUUGAAGUCUUCUUAGAAAUGGAGCGCAAGGACCUCCUGAGCAGCUGUAACCUCGACCUGCUGGAGAAGAUAAUAAAAAAUGUCCGUCCAGUGUUGUGGAAAAAAAUCCAAAAGUUUAAGGACUCACAAGGUAAAUAUAAACUUAUACUGUAUUUAGGAAAAAUAGCCCAAGAGACGGGACUUGUUGACCACCGACCAAGGUCCUCAUCGGAUGCCUCUCGCCGUGGAAAGGAGCUGGGUGCCAAGAAAUAUCCCAUGUCGGGUCCACUGAGAGGCUUCUGCUUGAUCGUCAACAACUUUGACUACAGCCGUUCCCAUUUAGGUGUUCGAAAAGGGACACAAAUUGAUGAAGAGCGCCUGAGGUGUGUGUUCAGCUGGCUGGGCUUCCAGGUGGAGGUGGUGCCGGACGCCACCGGAGACCAGAUGCUCUCCUCCAUGCGGGAGCUGGCCAGCAGGGACCACAGUGAGAUGGACUGCUUCGCUUGUGUCGUCCUGAGCCACGGCCUGAAGGGCGGCGUGUACGGGGUGGACGGGGGGGUGGUCCGGCUGAAGGAGCUCACUGACGUCCUGAAUGGGUUGCGGUGCGCCUCCCUGAGAGGGAAGCCCAAGCUGUUCUUCAUCCAGGCCUGCCAGGGCAACCAGAGGGAGCAGGCGGUCCCCGUCCCGGCCAACAGACCCACCCGCCCAGAGGUCAGCGACCAAACGGACGGACCCAGCAGCCCCGGGGUCAACAUCCAGACCGACGGACCCUGCAGCCCUGGGGACCUCUGCAGCGACGCCUCGGUCGCGAGUGAGUCGCUACCCAGCAUGGCCGAUUUCCUGAUCAGCAAGUCUACCUCUCCCUCCUAUAUCUCUCUGAGAGACAUGAAGAAAGGCUCCUGGUACAUCCAGUCCUUGUGCCAGAACCUUCUGCACAUGGUUCCACGUGACAAAGACUUAGUCAGUAUCCUGAUGGAGGUGAACGAGGCUGUGAGCCAGAUGUCCAACCCCAGCAGGAUGAGACAGAUGCCCGAAUAUACCUCCAAUUUAAGGAAGCUUGUGGUCUUCCCAGUCCCUGAAGGCCCCCGUCCCAGUCUGCCCACCAGUCUGUAGCUUCCCGGGCUCGGUUCUAAUUGGUCCACCUCGGCCCUGUAUAGGUCAAAAGGGAGUCCCCAUAUUGUAAAGUUGUGUACAAAUCAGGUUCCCAACAUAGUGCACUACUUAGUACCCAUAAUGCACUGUCAAAUAAGUUGUUACUUGCAGUGCUUUAUGCCUGCACUGGUAUUGUGUGCUGUGUGUGUUUAUCCCUUUAGCUGCCAGCACAGGAUGCAGGAAAUGCAGAUUCUCGACGCCACCCACAUUAAUGGCCUAAGUGAGGAGAUGCAUAGUGGGAUCACAGAGGCCACCCAUAUGACUGGUCCACCACUCCUCAACGACCAACCAACUCUCAUGAAUGAGAUAUUGAAAUGUGCAUUUCCUGUUAAAGUGCGAGCAUUCAUUGGUACAUAGAUUUACCUCUGCUCUUGUGUUCCGUUGUUUAUGCAACUUCUCUUGUCCCUUUAUGUUCUCCGUUAUUGGGAAAUGGCUAGGUAAGUUUGGGGUAAACUUUCCAUGUGCAUCAAAUAGUUUUUCUCUGUUAAAGACAUUAGUAUAUGGGUGUGUGCCACCCCUGUAGUCGUGUUAAAGUAGAGAGUAGGAAAUUUGUUUUGAAGUUUGUUUUCAUUCAUUUCUGGUUACCUCUACUUUAAGGAAGACUGGUUUUGUCAUGUUAAGUUCUUUAGUUUGCACCACCUCCAGUUCUCCCCCUCCCCCUUUUUGCAUAGUGUGCCACACAUUAAACAAAUUUGACUCUACACAACCUUUGUCACUCUCCUGUUGUCCUAGUUUAAGUUAAGCCCCUUAUUUCCUCUAGACAAUCAGUAGGGUCAUAACAGAAGUGUACAACUGAUGCACACUCAUUUAAAAGCCAUAUCAGAUGAUGAACAGCGGUUUUCAUUGUCAUCGGAAUCAUCUAAUGGAGAUGCUCCGGCACAUACGGGUUCUUCCUGCUGGGCCGGUGUUGGGACUCGUCCUCCACUCACCUGCUGAAGAUGCGCUCCACCAUCAGGCCUUCUCGGACCUGAUGGUGUUCCUCAAGGCGUCAGACACCAGACACCUUCUGGGACAUUUAGGCCCCGUCCACAGGGGCGAAAAUUAUCUUUUUCCUUCCGUUUUCCUUUGAUAAGUUUCAGGAACAUCUCUGUAAAGAGUGAGUCAUUGCGAAAAUGCAUCGAGCUGUAGAAACACUGUAGAAACACUGGUUCUCCACACAAAAAAGGAGCACAUCAUGCCUGCGCGCAUACAGCCUGUGCUCUCUAUACAAACAUUCAGUCGAGGAGAUGCAACCUUUUAAAUUUAGAAUAAAUACUUUUUAAUGUACAGUUGGUUAUUAAAUUGCAACUGGCGCAGUGCGUUCUUUUCCCUCCUGCGCCAGGCGUCGGUAAAUUAGGGAAUGAUCUUGCGCCCCAAGGGGCGGCUCGGCUAAAGGAGGAGGCGUGUUCUGGCGCAAACGUUUCAUGGUGCUAUUUUGACGUUUCAGAAACCACUUGUGCCACAAACCAGGAAA